CCUGCGUGAAGCGUUGAUGACAGACAAUCUGCAGCAGGUCAUUCACUGCUCAACACACACAGCAUAAAGCACAGCAUCACGCACACACGAGUUCUGACUGACUGACACACACACACACACACACACACGUGUGCCAUACUUUAUAAGGCCAGCGGGCCCAUCCCGCGCACACGCAUCUCGAUCACGGUAGGUAUCGCACACUCUUCGUUCGAGCCCGCCACCGUCAUAUAUCGUCUCAAUGCCCACCCAGCAGCUCUGCGUGGUCGUCGCGGACCCGUUUCUGCAGCUCGGCGAUGCCCUCACAAGCCCUCCGACACACCUCAAAGUGCCACUCGCUCAUGGCCAUCUCGCUGCGGUGGCAGACGUACUCCAAACACUGCACACACACACAGAGAGAGAGGGAGAGAGAUGUCUGCACCCAUGCAGCCGCAAGAAUGAGCUUCCCGGCUCACUCACGGGUGGUUUGUGUUCGUGCGGCGUCUGUCUGCCGCUUCGCCGGAUGUGGUACCACACAGUGAAGGUCUGCGGCUCGUCCUGGAGCGCCUCCAACGUCCCCGGGUACCCCAGUGCGAGCGCCACGGCGUCCUCGAGGACCAAGUAUCCCUGCUUGGCCUCGUAGAAGGUGCGCCGCACGUGGCCGUAGCGGUCGUCCAUGCGGUUCGCCAACACCCACCCGCCCUGCACGUGACAGACAGACAAGGUGACACAGACAAAGUGAUGCUGAAGGCGCACACGGAAAGAGGAAUGGAGCUGUGGGCGUCUUCUGUCUGUUGACCUUGAAUCCCUUGUGCUCGCCGCCGGUGGUCGUGUAGGCGGUGGUGCGCAUCUCGUGAGUGAUCUCGUGCAGCUCCAACUCGACGCCAUCGAUGUCCUUGGUCGCCGCCACAAAAGGACGGAAGGCCACAUCCACAAUGCUGCUCGCGUACUCGGGCCACCUGAACGAACGAACGAAUGGAACACACAGACCACCACAUCUCACUUGUUCGUUCCUGUCUGCCCCCACUCACUCUCUCACAUGUGCACGGCGAUGAGGACACACGGCUUGAGCCCGAGGAGGAGCAGCAGCACCUCGCCCGCAAAGCUCAGCCCCGCCAUGGUCUCGGACAGCGGCGCGCCGUCCUCCAUCUCACUCAUCUCACGGAGCCUCUGCCUGUCGGCCGCCGACAGGCCUUGGAAAUACCGCUGCUCGAGCGCCACGAAGCGGUCGAACGCAUCGGCGACCUUCUUGCGUGCCACUGGUGACGGCGCCAGGCUGUCGGUGGCGACGCUGUGUGGCUUGAACAGGGGAUGCUGGGCACGGGCCUGGAACUCACGGGCUGUCAGGAGGAUGUCCUGCAGCUGCUUGUUGUCCGGCAUUCUGCACACACAUACGCAACAUACACACAACGAUAAGGAGGACGCUCGCUCACAAGAAGCCCACGCAUCAGAUUCCACUCACACUUUGAGGCCGUCCUCGAGUGCGCUGACGGCGUCGUCGUAUCUCUUCUGCCGUAUCAGCACCGCUCCCUUCCUGGCCCAGGCCUUCUCCUGCUUGGGGCUGAUCUGCAGGGACGAGCUGAGGUCCCCGAGAGCCAUCUGCAGAUGCCCCAGAUGAAUCAAACACGCAGCCUUGUCUGUGGGGCACACCAAACACACACACAACACAACAUAACACGUCGUCGUAUCUGCCGGGCCAUGGCUGUCGGGCAUUGACUCUCUCUCUCUCUCUCUAGUGCCCUGCCCACUGCUGAGUAGGGUGGCUCUGCCCGGCGCAUCUCCCGGCAUGACGUUGAGCGCCUCCGCAAAGUCCGCCAUCUUGUAGAACUCGUUGCCUCUCAUGGCGAGUUGAGUGCCCUCGUCUGCCGGCCGCCGUAUGCCUCUCGAGCCACCUCUUUGCCGAUGAUCGCUCAUCACUCACGCGCUCUCACUCACUCCGACCGUCGUCGUUUCCGACCGCUGGCUGGGCUGGGCUGGUGUGGGGUGGCUGUGGAAGGUAUAGCCACACGCCUUCAGACCGGUGUAACACGCCCAUGGCUCCCCCGCUGCAUCCACAGCAAAGAUACGUACGCCCGGGCAGCAAAUCUCAC